AUGGCUAAAUAUACUGAAGAACAAUUAUUUGAAAUUCAAGAGGAAGCACAUAUUCCUCAACCAGAAGUUUUAGAUGCUUUCAAUAAAUUAGUUGAAACCGUUUCCAUUGAAUUGGCCAAAUCUGAAAAGAAGAAGAAUCAUGGACCUCAUAAUGGUGAUACUUAUUUUGAUGAAUUCGGUAAUGAAAGAUCAUAUACAUCAUUCAAUAGAAGAAGAGGUUCUCACUCAUCAAAGAAACCAUUGAAAAAGAAAGCCACUGAAGUAGCAGUUGAUGAUGAUGGAUGGGCCACUUUAACAACUAAACAUAAAAAAUCUUUUGGUGAAGAUGCCAGUGAUGAAAAAGACAAGUUUAGAGAUUCUUUAAAAUCUGAACCAGCUAAGGUUAGACCAAAUAAUAAGAAAUUAGGUUCAUCAAAAGCUGCUGAUCCAAGAGAAACUAUUGCUGAUAAACAAACUGUUAAAUUUAAUGCUUUUGAAGCUUUAGGAGGUGAUGAUGAUGAAGGAAUUGAAGAUGAUAGUUCUGAUGAGUAG